CAGUGAGAUAGGAUUUGUUUCUUCUUUCUUAUGGUACAUGCAGUAUUCGUUCACUUCAUCGGUUGUUGUUAACUAGUUUUGGAUGUUAUUCGUCUGAUAAAGACGUCCUAGGCUACGUUCGCUGGUGACGCUGUCGACGGUAUGAAAAUCGCGUUCGAUUCGAGUUCGCGAGGCAGUAUAAAUGUAGAGGAAAAUGCAUUUCAAUUACUCGAUUAUUAAUUAUUACCGAGUCGAUGUUUUAGUAUUUUUUCGUCGUUUGUUUACUAAUUCGCCGGUUGUGGGACAAUAGCAAUCGAUAUAAUGGUUUUUUAAUUCGUGAUUUUCGUAUAAAUAUCAACUAACGUCAACCUUGGCAGCUAAAACUCAGUGUUCGACGAUCACUCGCGAAGAUAUAUCGUUGAUUUUUUUCUCGAAAUUACAAUUUGCGAAUUAAUAUUAAAAAUGUAGUGUUUUAAAAGUGUACGUACCUACCUAUUUUCGAAGCUCGUUGAUCGUGUAUUAAAUGGUUACCGUAAUUUUACGUAUGUAUCGAAUAACUCGUCGUCGGAUAUUAUAGCUCGCGUUACGUAUACCUAUCUAUUUGGGUAAAUACAUCGAAAUGAAAUAAUAAAAGUGUGUAAUUAUGUAUACUUAUGCUGGCGGAUUAACUGGGCCAUCGAGCCCUCCUCAUUAUGUCGGCUUUACCGGUGGUCCGGCCGCGUAUAUGCCUCCUCAUGCAGGCGCAGUACCUACUCCUCAUCAAAUGAUGACAACACCUUUGGUGCCUAACGUUUUACCCACCGGAUCGUUACCGUGUCCUAACUCAAAUGCUUCAAUUACCCCAUUACCUAUGUCACCUCAUGCUAAAAGAAAAAAAUCGGAUGAAGAAGAGCAAAGUAAAUUCUCAAGAAUCGAAGAUGACAAUUUACAAGACAAAGAACGAUUUGCCAGUAGGGAGAAUCAUUGCGAAAUAGAGAGAAGACGACGCAACAAGAUGACAGCCUACAUCACAGAGCUCUCAGACAUGGUGCCCACAUGCAGCGCCCUGGCUCGAAAACCCGAUAAGUUAACCAUACUGAGGAUGGCAGUUGCUCAUAUGAAAGCUCUCAGAGGUACAGGAAAUUCGAGUAACGAUGGAUCCUACAAACCGUCAUUUUUGACCGAUCAAGAAUUGAAGCAUUUAAUUUUAGAAGCUGCCGAUGGAUUUUUAUUCGUAGUAACUUGUGAUACAGGACGCAUAAUAUACGUAUCGGAUUCAAUUGGUCCGGUUCUAAAUCAUACUCAGAACGAUUGGUUUGGUACGAUUAUUUUCGAUCAUUUGCAUCCCGAAGAUAUCGAAAAAGUACGAGAACAACUUUCCACACAAGAACCUCAAAAUACUGGUAGAAUAUUGGACCUGAAAACUGGCACAGUGAAAAAAGAAGGACACCAAUCGUCCAUGCGUUUUUGUAUGGGAUCUCGAAGAGGAUUCAUCUGUCGAAUGAAAAUCGGCAACGUUGGUCCUGAAUCAAUGGCAGCUGGACAUCUGAAUAGAUCAAGACAACGGAACAGUCUGGGGCCUUCGCGAGAUGGACAAAAUUUCGCAGUUGUUCAUUGCACCGGUUACAUUAAAAGCUGGCCUCCCUCGGGUCAGUUUGAUAACCCUUUAACGGGAGUACAAAUGGAAAGAAUCAUAGAAGAGGAUUCUGCACACUGUUGUCUAAUUGCCAUUGGACGAUUACAAGUUAGUUCUGCACCAAAUGUUUCCGAUCUCUCAGGCCCAAGUAGUAAUUCAGAAUUUAUAUCGAGACAUUCGAUGGAUGGAAAGUUCACCUUCGUUGAUCAGAGGGUUUUACAACUAUUAGGCUACUCACCCUCUGAACUGCUGGGCAAACCUUGUUUCGAUUUCUUUCAUCCGGAAGAUCAACCUCAUAUGAAGGAAAGUUUUGAAGAAGUGUUGAAAAUGAAAGGCCAAGCAGUCUCGGUCUUGUACAGAUUUCGUGCCAAAAAUCGUGAAUGGGUUUGUUUAAGAACCAGCGCAUUUGCUUUCCUUAAUCCAUACACCGAAGAUAUCGAAUAUAUUGUUUGUACCAAUAUCUUAACCACCAAGGGUAUACAUUCCACAACAGACAGUGAUAACGUCAGUCAAGUAGCCUACCAAAGCCAGCAGCCGGGUAUUGAUUAUAGCAUUCCAAGUGGAACUAGGAGGGAUGUCUAUCCGUCGCAUUUAAUAAGUCCAGCACCUCAACAUAUUAUGGGAAGCAAUCAACGACCCAAUAGCACUCACAAUGUGUACAGUUAUGAUCCUAAUCCGUCUCCAAUUAGUUAUAAUUCACCAAGUCAUCAACCUCAACAACAACAACAGCAACCUCCUAGUAACAUAAAUAGAAUCAGUAAAACUAGUCCUGCGCCCCCUCAACCAGCUUGGACAUUGCGACAGCAACAGCCAGUAACUGAAGGCUACCAAUACAAUCAGCUGAGUCCAUCCAGAUCACCAAAUGGGCCAACAUAUACCCAAUUGAAUGCUGGAGUCAGGCAAAAUCCAGCAGCUGUCUAUCAUAGCAGCGGUGCUCAUGCUCCAGCCAAUCCUGGUAUGUGGGGUUGGCAAGGUCAAACAACAGAAGCAGAUGGAAAUACGAACAGUCCUGUCGGUCAUCCUGUAACUGUUCCAACAAAUCCUAAUGGACCUCCCCCACAUGAGCUUUCUGACAUGAUGGUUAUGCAGAUGCUGAAUGAAAAUGCAUCUACGUCAUUCGAUGCUUUGAAUAUGUUCAGCGCUAAUUUUGAAUAAUUUUGAUUUACUCGUAUUCCAGCUCAAUGUGUUGAUUUGUAUAAAAUAUGUUUGUAAUAUUUCACAAUUUUGUAAGCAUUUGCUUGGUUUAUGUACGAAAAUAUCAUUUCCCAUUUCCCCCAUUUUUUUUCGUUUGUUUCCCUUUUUCAUAUUAAAAUACGUAGUUUCUUAUAAUUUCGAUUUGUAUCGUUCCAUGUGAAAAUAUUGAAUAAGUGAAUGAAUAAAAAAUUGACUAUUGUGAUGUA